AUGAAAGCAAGCCUCAAUGUGAGCGAUGCAUCAAGUCCGGCCGUCAUUGUCGCUGGCCUUCCGCAGAGCAACAACUGGACAAACGACAUCGCUUCCGGCCCCACGGGUCACUUCAUGAUCUAUCGGGGUCUGGACGAUUUGUCCAUGGAGAUCCUGCACCUUCUGAACUGCCCUAUGCAAGUCCAUAUCAGAAACGGUUAA